UGCAGUGUCCCACUGCACACAAAAUGCGCCAGGCACUUACCAAGCCGAUCGGACUGGAGUUGGGCCACAUUGAACCGGAGAAUGCAACCCUGAAAACCAUCAAGAAUGUCGUGAAUUCGAGUCGAUUGGUGACGAGUAUCUUGAAUGCGGGAGCCAAGAGAUCUGAUUUCGCGCCGGGCAGUGCAUUUUGCACCAAGCGCUGUUGCGGUCGGAGCAUGGUUCAUCAUCAUAGUCCAGUGAGAUUCUGAACAUGACCAGUAACUGACUGAGCAGUGAGCACAGCAAGGCUGAUGUAACGGCAAUGUCAGAGCACCGCCACUAAUCCCGUGGGGCUUGGCGCAUAUCAAUCCAAUUGAAUCGGCGAAUGGUGCUCCAAGCUGCAUACGUUUGAAAGUGAAUGGACUGGUAUGAGUACAGCGACUGUGGUAAAUUCUGAGUGUAGCUCCCAGGUGCGGACAUUGAUGUCGA